CUUCCCCUGCAGUCAGAUCCGGAGCGGUCUGCAAGCUCCUAAUUGUUGCUCCAGGUUCUUUGAGGUCUGCGCGUUCGUUCUCAGCACUCUGCAAGGCUAGAAAAGGAGGAGGAAUCUGUUCAGAAUCCCUGCAGGACAGGAGAAGGAGGGGGAAAUCUCAACAUGGAAAAACUCUGCAGUGAAAAUGAUGGAAUGACUGAGAACGAAGAAAAGAUGGAAUACAAAGAACAGUCACAGGAUGCGGGAAAGCCGGAAGUAGCCUGUACUAUGGAAAACAAGGAAAAGUUAGAAAAAGAGACAAUGACAGAAGAUGAGGAAAUACUAAAGGAUAAAGAAAAGCCAGAGAGUAUGACAAAGCCAAAAGAUGGAAACCCGGAGAGCGAGGGAGAGCGGGAGAGCGAGGAAGAGCCGGAGAGCGAGGCAGAGCUGGUGAUGGAGGCAAUGCGGGUGAGCGAGGGAAAGCCGGAGAGCGAGGCAGAGCCGGUGAUGGAGGCAAUGGCGGUGAGCGAGGGAAAGCCGGAGAGGGAGGCUAUGCCGGUGAGCGAGGGGAAGCCGGGGAGCGAGGCAGUGCGGGAGAGCGAGGCAGUGCGGGUGAUGGAGACAAUGCCGUGCCGGUGA